AUGCCAGACUCCUCCCCAGUGAUCGGCUCUGCGCUCCCCCAACAAGGUGCAGUGUUGUCUGCCGAGACCCUGCUUGCCAUUCGGAAAUAUAACCAAGAGGUCGCCUCGUAUACCCUCCGCCAGUGGAAUGUCGCCAAGUUGGAGUCGGAGCGAAAGGAGAGGGACCGUCGUAAGCGGCGCGCAGACGCCUUGGCGCAGCGGGCCGCCAGCAAUGGGACUAAUAAUACUGGUGGCGUUGGUGCUGGUGGAUCUCUAUCGUCUGCUACGCCUGGUGGUGGAAAGAUGAUGGGCCAUGGGCUGGGGUCCGUUCGUGCGGGCUCCAGACCACCCCCUUCGGACCGGGCGCACCCUCAUCAUCCUCAUCAACACAACCACCACCACUAUGGGCCUCCUGAUUCAGAUGGUCCGCUGAUGAUGGUCAGCAGAAGGAAGACCGAUAGAGCCUUGUCCGGUCCCACCUCGACAGCGCUUCCAUUCGGUCAGCGACAUUCGCACGACGGGCGCUACCCACCACACAACCAACUCCACCAGCACAAACCGUAUCCAUCACAGGACCUUUUGGCUAUCGAGCAACGACCGACGCACCACCAGGCUUCGGUCUCUGCAGGACCACGACUGCAUACGCGGUCUUACCAAAUUGCCGCUCCUAUCCCUUCUUCGGUUCACGUACCGGCAGCAGCAGCAGCAACUUGCCCGCCUCUCGAUCCCAACACUGCGCACCCGUUUGAUCGCCCGGCGACUCAACAUAUUGAAUCUGUGGCAAUAGGGUUGGCGGGAGAAGCAGAAGAUAAGGAAGACGUUCUUCUUGAUGAGCCGCUAGUCACACCGCCUCGUUCGUGGCAGCGCCGUCUAUCUGGGUCCACACCUCCCAUCCCCAUUCCCGCCCCUCGCCAGCAACAACACCCAUAUUAUCACCAUUCGCGCUCUCAUUCUCAACCGUGCUCGAAUGGUCAACAGGGUGUAGGGUUGAGCGGGAGCAGUGCCGCUUCGUCCGUGUCUGCGCAGAGUCAUAGUCCACAUAUGACGAGCGGGAGUAGCCGGUCGAGCUCAUCACACCUCUCCCGCCAUAGUCCACCCGCGCGAGCGUUAGGGUUCAGCGCUCACUUCGGGAUGACGAGUAUAUCCCAUGGUGCGGCUAGUGUUGGUGCUGGUGCUGGCGUGGCGUCAACGUCGGUUACGACCACGAGCGAUUCGGCGUCUUCGUCUAAUCCUACGUCGGAGGGGAGCUCGAGGAUCAGUUCGUAUAGCGAGUCGACGCUUCGGCAGUCGCUCAAAAAGGACGAUGAUCCGGUCAGUGCGAGAGAGAAGAGCGGCCGGCCUAAAGCUGUCAAUAGCUCGUCGUCCAAGGGCUGUGGUGGUUCGGUCAAUACGGUAGAAG